CGGGGACUACGAUUAGCGACUAGAGCAUAAUAAUGUAAAGAAGGUUUUUAUUGCCGUAUCGCCCUUACACACAUUCCCUCUACGUUUAUGCGUAGAGAUGCUGAAGUCCGUCCAGUCCCUUGAAGUACUUGUAGUGUAGCAGACGGUAUUAGUUAAGUACACUGUCACAUCUCUAGUCUCGACUCUGCCACUUCAUAUUCCACUAGAAGCUUGAGUCAUCACCUGAAUCGCAGUCACUGAGCACAACGGGUACACGUGUCGGAAGGAGGAACAAUCCCAUAGGCACUGCUCGACUGGUGUCUUUACUAUUUGAAACGAAUGUCUUUCGUGUGUGUUAUUCGCGAAAAUGCUAUUUCAUUUCUAAUAACAGUUUCUGUCAGAGAUUUUUUUACCUUCCUAUCAAUCUUCUGCGUCCAUACCCUAGAUUUGCAUGCGCUAAAUUGAAUGCCAUCGGGCGGUCGACUGAACUUCCUGCCUCACGCAACACGCUGCAGCCUCGGGAUGACGUCAUCGCUGGUAAGCCGAUUCACGAUCUGGGACUACCUGGUGUUCUGCGGCAUGCUCGCGGUGUCGACGGCCAUCGGCGUCUACUACGCGUUCUUCGGCACCAAGAAGGUGUCCACCGACGAGUUCCUGAUGGGCGGCCGCCAGCUGACCGCGUUUCCCGUGGCGCUCUCCAUCCUGGCCAGCUUCAUGUCGGCCAUCACGCUGCUCGGCACGGCCUCCGAGAUGUACCUGGCGGGCACCCAGUACAUCGUCAUCUGCGUCUCCUACUGCUUCGUCAUUCCCGCCACGGCCUACUUCUACAUGCCCAUCUUCCACCACUUGCAGCUGACCAGUGCCUACGAGUACCUCGAAAUACGCUUCAACAAAGUUAUACGAUCCAUGGGAAGUGUAACAUUCUCGCUUCAAAUGUUGAUUUAUAUGUCAAUCGUGUUGUACGCGCCCGCCCUGGCACUCUCUCAAGUGACCGGCAUUUCCACCUGGACAUCGGUUCUGUCUCUAGGAUUUGUUUGCACUUUCUACACGAGCAUCGGCGGCAUGAAGGCUGUCGUGUGGACGGACGUCUUCCAAAUUGGGCUAAUGUUCGGAUCCAUGAUCAUGGUCGUCAUUCGAGGGACUAUCGACCUCGGGGGACUCGGAUACGUCUUUGACAGGGCGUCCGAAGGUGGACGUCUGGAAUUGUUCAACUUCAACCCCAGCCCGACCGAGCGGCACACGGUGUUCGGCAUGACCAUCGGCACCUACUUCACCUGGAUGUCCGUGUACGGCGUGAGCCAGGCCAUGGUGCAGCGCUACCUCACCAUACCCACAAUUCAGGGCGCACGCAAGGCUAUCUGGAUCAACCUUCCGGGCCUGUCGUUCUUGAUGCUCAUCUGUGCCAUGGCGGGCCUGGUCAUGUACGCUCGCUACCACGACUGCGACCCAAUCAUGACCAAGAAAGUUAGCGCGCCAGACCAGCUCCUUCCUCUCUACGUCAUGGACAUCCUGGGCAAAUUCACGGGUGUCCCUGGACUUUUCGUCUCGGGCAUUUUCAGCGGAGCACUCAGCACCGUCUCCUCCGGAGUAAACUCGCUGGCGGCUGUCACCCUCGAGGACGUCGUGAAACGCUACAUCGUGGAAGAUAUGAGCGAUCGCUCUGCCACUACGCUCACCAAGGUCCUGGCGCUGACAUUUGGGUGCACCGCCAUUGCACUGGUCUACGCCGCGCAGAGUAUGGGCAACGUCUUACAGGCCGCUCUGUCAAUCUUUGGCAUCGUCGGAGGACCGCUGCUGGGAGUUUUCACCCUCGGCAUAUUUUUUCCCUUUGCAAAUAGCAUCGGGGCCGGCGUGGGCAUAGUGACGUCACUGGUAGUGACCUUCUGGAUUGGCAUCGGCGCCUUUUACUACAAGCCGGCGCAUCGAAUGGCUAGGCGCUCGGUGAUGGGUUGCCUGCAGGAGUACAUCAACGUGACGCACCAGGACCCUGCGAACGUGACUUUCCCCGUGCUUCUUGACCCGGAUGUAGCCAACAAGGAGAUACUCUACGUCUACCGGAUCUCGUAUGUCUGGUACAGCAUGAUUGCCAGCAUGCUGGUCAUCUUCGUCGGAAUCAUCGUUAGCCUUAUCACUGGUGAGUGUCACAGACGCGGAGCCCUUUAAUUAUCACCUUCGAAGAACUGCGCAUUUCGAGGUUUGUGUGGAGGUAAACAAUAAUAGUGCAAGUAUUUUGACAAGUGUAACAAGCAUAGCGAUUAACAGCCAAUAACAACAUCGUAAAGUGGAUGCUUUUUGUUUGGGUUGUUUCUUCACGGUCGUCUAAGGAUGCCGGUUAUCUUACAUAGUAAGACAAAAGCCAGAGAACCAAGAUGCAAAAAAAAAGGAAACGAUAAGAACUCGGACAUUUACGUGUUAACAAAAGUUUGGAGGACGCUUAAGAUUGGCCUUUAAGAGUAGAACACGAUAGCACUCAAAGAUCCCUGACUGCUGCUGACGCUUCCCGGCAACUGCAGCUAGCUUAUGUAACCGUAACGUUUACCGGGAAACGCUGGCGGCGAACGCUAUGCACGAAGGAGAGCUUUCUGGUAG